AUGUCUUUGUCAUUAGGUCUUGGUGUUGGCGGUGCGGCCCCCCCAGCUUUGAACGCCUACUGGGGUCAAACUGGUGGUCGUUUCCUGCGUGAUAUUUGCGACUCUGGUGUCAACUACGCCACUGUUUCUUUCAUCAACAACUCGCCCGAGAACGGCGAUGGUUACCCCGGGAGCAACUUCGGUGCCAACUGCGCCGGAGAGGUCUACACCAAUACGGACGGCAAGAAAACCAAGUUGCUCAGUGCUUGCAGCUUCAUCCAGAGAGACAUCCCUUACUGCCAAAAAAAGGGCGUCAAGGUCUUGCUGGCCAUUGGCGGCGCCCAUAUUCCAGGAACAAGUGAAUACGCUGUGUCUUCUGAGGAGAAGGGCGUCGAGUUCGCCGAGUUCUUGUAUAAUGCCUUCGGCCCUUACAAGAGCAGCUGGACGGGCCCUCGACCCUUCGAUAGCACUACCGCGCACGUUUCCGUCGAUGGUUUCGAUCUGGACUUGGAGGACAGGACACCCAAAUUCAAAAACGGACCCUAUAUUGCCAUGGUCAACUGGUGGCGUCAGCAGAGCCACAAAAUGUUCAUCACUGCCGCCCCUGAGUGUGUCAUGUUUGGAAACCAGAACGACGAAUUGAUCGCGAAUGCCGAGUUUGACGCCCUCUUUAUCCAGUUCUACAACAACCCUGUGUGUGAUUCUAUCCCCAACAACACUCCUGGUGACAAAUUCUCGUAUGAUGAGUGGGCUGCAAAGGUUGCCACGGGCAAGAGCAAGAACGCCAAGCUGUUUAUCGGCCUGCCCGCCUCAACUGAUUCUGCUGGUUCCGGCUACAUCGAUCACGAGGCCAUGAAGGACCUUGUUUGCAGAUAUCACGACCACAAGAACUUUGGCGGUGUCUCUCUCUGGGAUGCCACGCGGGCCAUGAACAAUGUCGGUGCCGAGGGUAAGUCUUUCUUGCAGAGUGCCGCCGAGGCCGUCCAGUAUGUAUGCGGGGAGCCUCCCAAGACGACCUCUUCCGCGCCUACAUCGACCAAGAUUACUUCUACAACCAGCAGCACCACGGUCAAGACGACUUCCGCUUCUUCUGAGAAGCCCACGACCAGCAACACUGCCUCUGAGAAGUCUGCAACCACCAGCACUUCUUCUGCUAGCUCUUCCGCGAAGCUCACGACUUCUAGCAUCCAGUCCGGUAAUGUCACAACAAGCUCUAUCUCGUCUGGCAAGCCUACCUCAAGCUCCGCCACCUCUAAGAAGCUGGAUACCACCAGUGUUAUCGCCACUGCUUCCGCCACCAAGUCUGCAACCACAUCUAGUGUUGGUAUGACUAGCUCUAUUCACUGGUCCAACUCGACCGCUACCAGGACUAUCCAGACUACGAGCAAGCCUGUUGCCAUCACUACGAGCAAGCCUGUCUCCAUGACCACGAGCACCGUAUACACCACCUCCGUCCACACCGUGACCGAAUGCCCUCCUACCGUCACUGACUGCCCUGUUGGCCACGUCACGACUGAGAUUAUCGCUCUCUACACCACAGUAUGCCCUGUCACGGAGACUGCUCAGCCUCCCAAGCCCACGACCACCAAGGCUGCUGUCAUGACCACCAGCACCGUGUACACCACCAAGACUUAUACCAUCACUGAAUGCCCUCCUACGGUGACAGACUGUCCUGUCGGCCAUGUCACCACCAAGGUCAUCCCCUUGUACACUACCGUCUGCCCUGUCUCGGAGACUGCUCAGCCUCCCAAGCCUACGACCACCAAGGUUCCUGCCAUGACCACCAGCACUGUGUAUACCACCAAGACUUACACUAUCACCAAGUGCCCUCCUACUGUGACAGAUUGCCCCGUCGGCCACGUCACCACAGAGGUUAUCCCCGCGUACACUACUGUCUGCCCCGUUAAGGAGACCGAAACUGGCAAUGUUCCCAAGCCUACGGGCCCUGCUCCCUCGUCCGCCGCCACCAAGACGACGGUGGUCAGCAAGACCGUCAAGGUCCAGCAGCCCAGCUCUCUCGCGACCUCUACCCGCUCUGCGGCCGUUGUUCCCCAGCCUUCUGGCAAGGGUUGCUCCGGUCCCAGCUGCCCUGGCGCCACCAACGCUCCCGGAUCUGGCUGCACCGGCCCCGAGUGCCCUGGUGUCGCUAUUCCCACCACCGCUCCCGGAUCUGGCUGCACCGGCCCCGAGUGCCCUGGUGUCGCUAUUCCCACCAACAGCUGGACCAACAAGCACAGCUCUGGAUGCACUGGCCCUCAGUGUUCGGGCGUUGCCAUUCCUACAAACGCCUGGACUAGCUCCUCCGUCGGCCCUUCUGCUGUCCCCAGCUCCCCCGUGACCGCCGGUGCUUCUACCCUGGCUCUCGGCCUGACUGGUCUCGUCGCCAUUGUUGCCGCUCAGGUUCUGGCCCUGUAA